AUGUCACCACCUGAAGGUCUUCUGGAAUGGGCAAUAAGUGAAGAAGAUAAGAGCGAAGAAGAAGAGGACGAAGAUGAAGAAGAGGACGAAGAGGAUGAAGAGGAUGAGAAAGAAGAGGAAAAAAUAAAUAAAAAGG